GUGGAAGAUUAAGAUUGUGCUGUCUAUCUGUGCCUGGAUUCCCAUCGCGCUGAAAACAGACGAUCACGACUAUUCCCUCCCGAGCAAACCCAUGCCCUCAACCUCACCAAAAUCUUUCGCUUUCACAACCAACUCAACCAUUGCCUGCACUUUCACCAUCUUCUCUGGCGCUUCUUGAACUUCACUCGAACUGAAGCCGACCUUCGUAUCCUCUUCUCCAGGUCCAAUUGGCCUGGGCUGCAUUCUGAGCACAUUGCUCUCAGGUUGUUGCAGUACUGUGCACUGAAUUGCAGUCACAGUGUGCUUUCCUGCCGCGAUGCUGUCGUUCAAUAGAUUCGAUAUGGUCUGAUGUGUGGCAAGUGACAUUGCGGUUGCGUAGCUUCGUCGUGCUGACAUGAGUGAUGUCCUCAGUAAUCGUGGUCCACAUACUUGGGGGUUCAUGGCGGCAGUAGCUCUGGCAAGGCUCGUCUUGAGAGUAGCAGACAUGAUUUCAUGCCUUUAUCGAUAGCUUUGAACAAGGCGCCGUGCACGAUGUCAGUGUCAAAUGAAACGACUGCGAGAGCCUCACUUCAUGGCGGUUACCCGAUUCUUCCGGCGUUGAUAUACGUCUCGCGUAAUCUGGUCAUGAUUGAUCAUGGUCCAGUCACGACCUCAUUCCACGCGCAAGACGUGCCCCGAAUUUCUACGCUGAAGCUGUUUCUCCAGCAUCCUGGGCCAUGCUGCGGAACAUCCGCCAUCUUGGAAGCCAAGUGGGCGCUUCGGCAAAUCAACGCGCAUCUCAAUGGCUAUGACAGGCCUGUGCAUUAUCUGAGCAGCCUCGCGAUGUUGUCUCCCUCUGGCCUUGCGGGCCGCAGUUCCCACGGCCUUACGCCAUUUUGGUGAUGUGCAGUGAGAUGGCAUGAUCUAAGAGAUUUUCUGCGUGAUGCCGUUCAUCCAGAUUCGAGAAGUUCGAUCAUACCCAGAGUCCUGUGCGAAGCGCUUGCCCAGUCUGCGGCCUGCCUGACACGACCCUUGAUCUGAUGCACGAGAGUCACCACGGCCUUCUCAUCGUCAUCAUCGCUGCUCUGCCAAUCACCGAAUUUAUGACUGUAGAGGUCUAGUAGCAAUAAGAGCACGUCAUAAAGGACGCUCACAUGCGCCGGGUGCUGGAUGUAUUUGUGAAUGAAGCCCAGCAUGGGCAGAAGUCGGUCGGGUGUUCGUCCGGAUAGCGCAGCGCGAGAAGCACUGCGGUGGCGCAACGUGACCAGGAGGGUGAUCAAAUCAUUACGAUUGAACUGCUCCCAAUUUCCAGGAGGCAGGACCUGGUCCACAGCCUCGGCGUACUUCCCUUGUCGCAGGCUUCGUUGCCAGGGCACGAGCUUCUUAUGCCGUGGUCUGUCGUUGCCAGUAAUGACAAUGUCAGCACCUUCACCUUUGUAGUCCUUGCCUCGAUCGCGUGCCCGGAUGCCUUGACGC